CGAAUUGUCCCCAUCCCUGCUCUUCUUUUUUUUCCUGAAAAAUGGCUACGUGUCCUCCUACUAUUGGCAGGAACACAGCGACAUGAUGUGCGCACAACACUAGUUCACUUACUCCAAGUAACUCAAUGGUCAUCCUGUUUUCAUGGGUAACUGGUUGUUUUGAGUUGUAACUACCCUUUCCUUCCUCAGCUAAUAAUAUCCUCAUUUCCACCUUCUUCCCAUUUUCAUUCUCUCUACUUUCUCCAAUUCCAAAGAGCAACCGAGAUGGAGCCUCUCAAUCAUCAUACCCUACUCAUCUUCUCCAUCUUCUCCCUCAUAACCUUCAACUCUGCAAAUGCCAUAUGUGUUCCAAUCAACGGAACAAAACCAACAGCCUCUCCAUCUCCGUAUGCUUCUCCAAUUUCACAACCAGUUGCUGCGCCGGAAUCUGUUCCGUUCCAUCUACCCGCUUCAAACCAGAAACCAAAAUCGCUAUUUCCAAUAUUUCCAAGUUUGAUGAAGGCAGUUUCACAAUCAUCACACACCGAUCCAUCACUCAAGAAAAUAUGCGCUGCCACUGACUUCCCUGAAGUUUGCAUCUCAUCAAUCACCCCUUUGCUCAAUGGCAAAACCGACCCCAUCUCCGUUGUGGAACUUGCAAUAAAAGCCGCUACUGAACACACACAAGUUGCUGUUGCCGCAGCUACAAAGAUUGCUGCCUCUCCAGGGAUUGCUCCCGAUAUUGCUUCCACUAUAAGUGAUUGCAAGGAUAGCUAUGAUGACGCUCUUGACAAUUUCCAGAAGGCGCUUGAAGCACUUUCUUCGCGUGAUGUUGGCACCAUGAACAGCAUGCUUAGUGCAGCCAUAACGGAUUUCAGCGACAACGAUGAUUUUCUUGCCGGGAAGGCUUCUUCGCCAGUGUUGUUGGAAUUCAAUGCCAAGCUUUCUAAGAUGACAAGCAAUUGCCUUGCUAUUGUUUCUUUGAUCAAGUGAUCAUCUGCGAUGUAUUUAUGUAUUUCUAUUAUGGCACAGAACAUUCAUGUGGUUGUGGGUUUCACAGGCACUCGCGUGGGUGUGGGACUCGGACCCCUGUAAGUGUUUUGUGACCUUGUUCAAUAUUUGGUUUGUUUCUAUGAAGUGGAGCUGAUUUUUAGCGUAAA